AUGGUCAGGCUUAGCACCUUCGCAACACAGGCGGUCCUGCCCCUAGCUGCACUCUUCACCCAGUCGGCCCUCGCCGACUCCGAUGGCAUAGUCGUCUGGCCCCCCGAAGUCCCGAAUGAAGGAAAAGGCUACUCACGGGAUACUCUUACAACUAUCUCAGACCCGCUAACAGGCACUGGGUACCCGGCAACUUUAUUCUACCAGCCCUUCCUAUUUGAGUUCCCGCAGCAGCUGGGCAAGUAUCCAGAGGGUACGCUGCUCCUUGUUAGCAAUCUGGCUAAGGAUCUGGCCAAGGAUCUGAACACGGAAUUUGUGCCCUAG